CUAGCAACGGUAGCCGCCGCUCCACAUAACCAAUCUCGUUGCUGCCCACGACGCGCGCGCUCCCAGCGAUGCGAUACAGAUACAUCUAUACGUUAGAUAUAGGACGAGCGGGAAAACGUGAAUGAGCAAUCAUAUAAAUACACUUGUGCAACGUUAUCAAAACACGCGACUAACUAUGCAGUACUAAGAGCAGCAAGCGAGAACGAGCGAGAGAGAGAGAGAGAGAGAGCGAGUGAGUGAGAGAGAGGGAGGUGAGAGAGUGAAGAAAACGUAAUUCAAAAGUUAGGCAAUGCCAUCCGGCAUGAAAGUGAAAGCAUCAGCUGAGACGAUGCCAACGAGUUGAGAAUCGCAGAGAGGAGAGCAACAGCAAACAGUUAACUGCCGCCAAUAUGACGAGUCUUGGCCAUCUGGGCGUCUGUUACAGCCUAUUAUUGCUGCUGUUAGUGCUAAGCGCCCAGCUAACUGUAGUACGAUGUAAGCGCAAGGAAAUGCUCGCUGGCCGCUUGGAGAAUGUUACGCAGACGAUCUCAAAAAUAUUGCAAGGAUACGAUAUACGGCUGCGUCCCAAUUUCGGUGGCGAGCCACUGCACGUGGGCAUGGAUUUGACUAUAGCAAGUUUCGAUGCGAUCUCCGAAGUUAAUAUGGACUAUACUAUAACAAUGUACUUGAAUCAGUAUUGGCGCGACGAGCGCCUGGCUUUCAACAUCUACGGCCCGUACUACGAUUCCGAUGCCGACGACGAUGGGGUCAAUGAUGUGCUGACGCUGUCUGGCGACUUUGCCGAGAAGAUCUGGGUGCCAGACACAUUCUUUGCCAACGACAAGAACAGCUUUCUGCAUGACGUCACCGAGCGCAAUAAGCUGGUGCGUCUUGGUGGCGAUGGUGCCGUUACCUACGGCAUGCGCUUCACCACAACACUCGCCUGCAUGAUGGAUUUGCACUACUACCCACUGGACUCACAGAACUGCACCGUGGAAAUCGAGAGCUAUGGUUACACGGUCAGCGAUGUGGUCAUGUACUGGAAGCCAACGCCGGUACGCGGCGUCGAGGACGCCGAACUGCCACAGUUUACGAUCAUUGGAUAUGAGACCAAUGACAGGAAGGAGCGCCUGGCCACUGGCGUCUAUCAGCGGCUCUCGCUCUCCUUCAAGUUGCAGCGCAACAUCGGAUACUUUGUGUUCCAGACGUAUUUGCCCAGCAUACUGAUCGUGAUGCUAUCCUGGGUAUCAUUUUGGAUUAACCACGAGGCGACGAGCGCUCGCGUGGCGCUCGGCAUCACCACCGUGCUGACGAUGACGACGAUCAGCACCGGUGUGCGGAGCUCGCUGCCCCGCAUCUCCUACGUGAAAGCCAUCGAUAUCUAUUUGGUGAUGUGUUUUGUGUUCGUGUUUGCGGCGCUGCUCGAAUACGCCGCAGUUAAUUAUACGUACUGGGGCAAGCGGGCCAAGAAGAAGAUCAAAAAGCUGAAGGAUUGUGAUCGACAUAAAAUAGGUACAUACAUAGAUCAGCCGACAACAUAUCUCAGAGAGUAUUUCAGUAAUAUGUUUUCUUCGAUCUCUAUUCGUCUGGCAGGUAAACUGGAGAAAUCCGAAACGUGUUCAACCACAGAAGACAUUAUUGAGCUGCAGGACGUACGCAUGAGUCCUAUACCUUCGUUGCGCAAAGGUAACUACAAUGUAACCCUCGGCUCCAUCGGCACCGAGACCAUGGACUUGGCCAAGUUUCCGCCAAGUUUUCGCAUAACACGCAACUAUGGAACAGGUCGCAGCCAGCUAAGACAUCGCGGCCAAAGAGCAGGCAUCUCAGCGCGUCCACGCGUAAUGCACGCCAUUAAGAAGAGCGCCUCGGCCAUUAGGGCGACAAUACCGAAAAUCAAAGAUGUUAACAUUAUCGACAAGUACUCCCGCUUGAUAUUCCCGAUUAGCUUUUGUGCUUUCAAUCUCGGCUACUGGAUCUUCUACAUAUUAGAAUAAUUAGUUGCGGCUAAAAGUGUUAGUAACGUGUACUUACCCAAGUAUCAUUGCCCCUUCCACGGCCACCACCUGCUGCCCUCCCACUGAUGAAAUAGUAUAUGGUAUAUACAUACAUAUAUAUAUAUACAUAUAUUGACAUUGACCAAUUUAUAUAAAUGGAAUGAUAG